AGGGGACCCCAGGUGGUGAGAAGGGGAGGUCUGAGGAUGUAACUCCCAUCCUGUGAGAGAUCUGACCACACAGACGCACGCUCAGACACUAAAAACAUGUUGGGUCUGCUCGUUCUUUACAGCGAGGCGCUGACACUCUGCUGGACCCUGCAACCGGCCCAGGACCCCACAGUAACCGAGUACUCACUCCCAUCAGCGAAGACCCCAUCAUCACCAUCAUCAUCAGCAGCAGCAGCGCCUCAUGCUGCACCAUGCUUCGUGGAGGACAUCUUUGCAGCGUUGCGUGAGGGUGUGGGGGACAGCGGCGAACUAACAAACAGCAGUUUGGUUCUGUUUGGAUUCUGCUCGCAGUCUGCCCACUCAUCAGCCUCGGUCUCGUUAGACCUCGCUAACAAGAAGAGCAGCUUGGAGGUUCUGCACCCAGCUGCAGUACACGUAUCAGAGGAAGAGGAGCAAGGAACAAUCAUGCUGACCUUUGACCUCCCACGGUCUCCUUCCCUCAUGACGAAUCCCGUGCUGCUCUUGGCCUUUGAAAGUCCACUGGCACGAGGAGACCUGGAAGUUGCUUUCACUAGUCGGUCUCUGCAGCCAAACACGCAGGCUGUGUGCAUUUCAGGAGACACGCAGUACGUAGUGCUGACAGGAAAAUCAUCAGAGGGGAGCGUUAAUGACAGGUGGCAGAUUACUGCUGAGACAAAACCCCCUCAUAUGAAGCAAAACCUAAAAAGCAUCUUGAUUGGUGAAAAAUCAGGAAGUAACAUCAGCAUGAGUCCACUUCUGCUUUUCUCUGGGGGAACGGGAACUGAUACGAGCUGUGCUUCAGGCUCGCCCCCAGCAUCACUACAAACCUCCUUCCUUUGUGAGAUGAAACGCUUCCUGGGUGCUGUUCUGCCUCAGGAACACUUCGCGUCCCCUCCACUUCCUCUGGACUCCUUACAGUCUCUGCCUCCCCUCUCGCUUGGCUUAUCCUCCAGCGAGACCCUGCUGGCAGUAAUGAUCAACUCCACAGCUCCCACAGUCUUUGGCUUCACGAGCUGGGGCUCCGUGUUGCCGGUGUGCCACGGAGAGCUGGCCCUGUCUGCUGCACUGUUAGAGGAUCUCAGACAGAGACUGGACCAGACUUUGGUGCAAAUGACAGAAAUAAUCAGAGAGGAAGAGGUUUCACCGGGAGCCAAGGAGAGCCUGGGGAGGCUCAAAGAACUGAGUGCGUUACAGAAGAAAGAACAUGCCACAGGAGGGAGUCAGUUCCGUGCGUUUCUUCUGCUGAAGGCUCUGCAGACGGUGGCCCAAACGUACGACGCGCAAAGAAAACUGCGGGCCACCAGAGCAGACCCCAGUUCGUCAGUGAGGGGCAGCGUCUGUGGGCUGAGGGCUCUCACCGUGUCCCUGACAAAGCUUCUUGUCGGCCCAAGCAGCGCAAACAUUAACAAUUGCCACGGCUCCUGCGCGUUCCCUCUGACCAACGGCAACAACCACGCCAUCCUGCUCAACUCCCACAUCGAGAGCGGCAACGCGGAUGAGCGGUCGCCCUGCUGCGUGCCCGUGGCCUACGAAACCCUGGAGGUGGUGGACUGGAACGCAGAUGGGACCUUCAUCUCCAUCAAGCCAGAUGCGGUUGCGAGAGAGUGUGGAUGCCGCUAGAGCUGUUCUCUUCUGUUACUUUACCCCAGCAUUUAUAACUUUCACACAA